AUGGUUGAAUUCGGUCAAUAUCUACUCGCAAAUAUCGUUCCUGAGUGGAGGGAUAAAUUUAUUGACUAUGAGGAAUUAAAGAGAAUCAUCGAGAAAAUAAAGCAGACUCAAAACUCUACUCAGCCUUUAUCUCCUAACGGAUUUAUUUCAUUUUAUGAUGACACUGAAAGUCAGCAACAUUUUCACAGGAUUGACAGCUCUGAUAUUCUUGGAAUGAUCUCAGUUGAUGGAGGGGAUCUGGAAGAGCGGCUUUUGGAGAAUAAUAGUUACUACUCCACCUCAACAUCUUCUGUAACAACAGAUCUCGUUGUGGAACUGGAUCGAUGGGAAGAUGAGAUGGGUCGGGUCAAUUUUCAAUGUAUCUUGCCAAAGAGUGAUGGAGCCAUUGUUUAUUACGAAGGUGAGUUCUUCAAGCUCAUCCGGGAUGGAAUCGAAAUGGUAAAUGAAUGGUAUAUAGCCAAACUCACUGAUUGUCGCACCAAAGUAAACACGUACGAGAAGCAGGUGGAACGGUUCUGCGAGUUGCGAGCAUCCAAUGCUCUCUCUUCAAUGGUCCAAUCCCAAACGUAUCGACAGCUCGAGUUCGGAUUGAAGGAACUCUAUCGAAUGACCGGCUAUUUAAAGAAUUAUUGCAUGCUCAAUAAGCAGGCGAUCGACAAAAUCUUAAAGAAGCACGACAAGAAUAGUUAUUUCGACAGUCGCGGAACGAUCAACACGGCUUUGUCCAAUCUGAGUUUCUGUAGACAGCGCAAUCUUCCUGAGUUAAUGGCACGUGUUGAGUCUCUGUGGAGGAAGUUUAUUGAAGGCAAUAAGAGUCGAACAAUGAAUGAUCUGCGAGUCAAUAUUGAGCAUAAAUAUCCAGCAACGAAUGGAUUUCUGAUUGGGAUGAAUGUUUGA